ACAAUCGCGUGAUGAAAUUAGGAUGAAAUGAAAGUUAAGCCUGACGUGUCUCACUGUAUUCAGUAUAUAAGUAUAUAAUAUAUAAGUAUAUAAGAGCGAAGUGCGUGAUGGAGAACACAUAUCUCGUAAUAUUAGGAGCAAGACAACAUCUGUAACGAUUCUUAACGGGAAGAUUCAAGACUUUAAAACAUCGACACCUAUAAAGUUAUUCGGAUCUAAUGAUGCGCAACAGACAUAGAGGAUCUAAUCUUGGUCUGGUCUUGCUGGCCUCGCAGGUUUUCCAGCUGGGCUUAGACAACAUCCCACCUGUUACUCUGGCAACACUGGGACUCAAUGUCUAUUUAUUUCUGUUUCCUCUCAAACCCAUCUUACAGACGUGUUUGAGUGUUCAGGAGGCGUACUGGUACAGAGACUGGCAUCGUUUGCUCCUCUCUCCAUUUCACCAUGUUGAUGACAUGCACCUGUAUUUCAACAUGGCCUCCCUUCUUUGGAAGGGCAUCAACCUGGAGAGGAAACUGGGAGGGCCUUGGUUCGCAUACCUGCUGUCCGUCUUCUCUCUGCUCACAGGAUUGGUCUACCUGCUCCUGGAGGUGGCACUGACCCAGAUAACAGAAGAUGCCACGUACAGUUUACAGUGUGCAGUGGGGUUCUCUGGUGUUCUGUUUGGCCUGAAGGUAGUGAAUAAUCACUAUGAUCCGGGUAGGACUUCUUACAUUAUGGGUCUGCCUAUUGCCAGUCGCUAUGCCUGCUGGGCAGAGUUGGUCCUCAUCCAUAUCAUGAACCCAGGCACCUCAUUUGUUGGACACCUGUCUGGCAUUCUGGUUGGACUGCUUUACACGAGUGGACCCCUAAAGAGACUCAUGAAAACAUGUUCUGGCUUUGUGACAUCGGAUGGCAGCUAUGGAAGGCAGCGGACGUUCAAUUCAUCAGGAUACAGUGGAUAUGGGAUGCCAUAUUCUCCAAACUCUUAUUAUGGUCAGCAGUCAUUUAAUCCCAGGCGAAAUAGCGCCCCCUACAGGGACCCAUACAACACAGACAUGCCCUCUGCACCCCCUCAGCACCCUUAUACAGCUGGUUUGUCAGAAGAGGAACAGUACGAGGCUGCCAUCAGGGCCAGUCUAAACAACGGAGGGUCCUCUGAGCAAACAAAUGUAUACUCUGACCCAGUCGCUGAAGAGGUCCGCUUGCGUCGACUUCAAAGAUUUACCCGCUGAGCAUCUAUUAAAUAAUGUAAAUAAUUAAGCUCAAUUGUUUACAAGUGGUGCAAGAUAACCAAUGCAAAAAUAAGUGAGGUGCUGAUUGGUCGUGGCAAGAAAUGGUCACGAUGAUGUCACUGUUGGAUCUGCAUUGGUACAGAAUCUUACUAAAUGUGUGGCACGUUUGAAAUAAAGCUGCCUUUAUUCAUAACUGCAGUAGGGUCAGGAAAGGGUUCGACUCAGUUUUAGCACUUCACUGCAAAAAAUGAUUUUCAAGAAAAAAAUUUGAUAGUAUUUUUGUCUUGUUUUCAGUAAAAAUAUCUAAAAAUUCUUAAUUUAAGAUGCCUUUUCUUGAUGAGCAAAACGACCCAAGAAAAUAAGUCUAGUUUUUAGACCAAAAAUAUCAAAUUUAAGUGAUUUUGUGCAUAAAACAAGCAAAAAAAAUCUUAAACACUUAAUUCAAGAAAAAAUUAAGUAAAAUUUGCUUGCCUCGUUGGCAGAUUUUUUUUGUGCUUAUUUUAUGCACAAAAUCACUUAAAUUUGAUAUUUUGGUCUAAAAACUAGACUUAUUUUCUUGGGUCGUUUUGCUCAUCAAGAAAAAGCAUCUUAUUGUAAGAAAUUUUAGAUAUUUUUACUGAAAACAAGACAAAAAUACUAAGAUUUUUUUCUUGAAAAUCAUUUUUUGCAGUGUUGUAUUAAUGUAUAUCUAUGAUGUAUGAUUUUAAACUUCUCGUUCCUUCAUUUGUCAUGCAGGAUGUUAAUAUGUGUAAUAUAACAAUCGUCAGUCUGCCAACAACUCCUACUCUUUGUAUUUUUCUUUGCUUGAAUGUAAUUGUUUUUUCCUACUGAAAGCACGUGCAUUGUAACUUGCACUUCUUAAGAAAGUAUAUUUUUGUAAGCAAACAAUAAAUAUUUUUUUUCCUGG